AUGGUCCGAUUGGUUGUUUUCGUUUUGGUUGCUUUAAUUUUCUGUAUUUCAACCACAUUAUCAUCGCCUUCCCCAAGAGUUUUUCGACAAAAUCGAGCUCUGACGCCAUCUGCUCAGAGCUUUUGUCUCCUUAAUCGACAACUGUAAGUUUGCCAAAAAAGCUUAUCGCGGGUGAAUACAGUAUCCAGCUUUUCGUUGCAAAAUAACGAACGGUGUGUACCUUUAAAUUUUAUGUUUUUAUUUCAAAAAAUUUAUAUUUCACAGACUGUGAAUUUUACACCAAAAAAACGUUCUGAAUUUUUAAAAAUUAUUUUUAACUUUUUUUUUGCAGAUGUCUAAUGCAUAAAUUCAUCGGAUCUUCACAAAAACGAGAAUUCGGCGAGAUGUUUCUAUUCAAAAAAUAA